AUGCAGCCUGCGCUGGCUCCAGCGCCGCCGCAUCCCAGCAUGCAAGCUACUGAUCAGGAUCACGAGGACCAACUCCUGCAUGACCGACUGCUUGCAGUCCAGCACCAUAUUCCUCCUGGACCCCGUCACCAGGGUGGCCCUGGCCCCCAGCAGGGAAUGGCCCCAAACACUGCGAGCCCUCGCGACCAGGGCAACAUUGACCCCGCCAUCUCCGGCGCGGCCAUGAUGGGUGCGGUGCCCCCGCAGACCCCCACCCAGCCCCAGCAGGGUUCUCCCGAUAGCGAAAGCCCCAAGGGGUAUGGCCAAGGCAAGCGCGAGCUUUCCACCUCCAAGCGCGCUGCCCAGAACCGCGCUGCCCAGCGUGCAUUCCGCCAACGCAAGGAGACUUACAUCCGUAAGCUGGAGGAUGAAAACAAGAAUAUUGACAAUUACAAGGAAACAAUCUCUAAGCUAUUGAAUGAGAAUUACUCCCUUCGCGACUUCAUUAUCGUUCUUCAAGGUCGUCUGAUGGAGGCCCAGAUUGAGGUUCCGGAAUGCCCUUCCAACAUCGACCUGAACCAGAACUCGCGUCACGACAUGGGCCUUGCUGGACUCUCUGCCGGUGGCACCGCAAACGUCCCCAACUCCGGUCCUCAACAGGUUCAGCACCAGGGCUCUGUCAAUGAUGAUAUGAACUCUCUGAACCGUAUUGCCGUUGCCGGUCUGGGUAUGCGCAAGCACCCGGACGAAGCCAACUUCAUGGGAAACAGUUUUCAGCAAACCAAACGUCCCCGCGUCGAUGACAACACCACCGACCCGGACCUUGUCGCUAAGCAGGAGGGUCAGCAUGCCCACAGUCUUCCCUUGGCCUAA